AUGGCGAAAGUUGGGCCAGCACGAAAGAAGAAAGUCGGUAAAGGCCGGUUGGACAAAUACUACUUCCUAGCAAAGGAGCACGGAUACAGAGCUAGAUCUGCAUUCAAGCUGAUACAGCUAAACCAGGCAUACAACUUGCUCUCAAACAUACACUCGGCAGUUGACUUGUGCGCUGCCCCGGGGGGAUGGCUGCAGGUUCUCUCUAAAACCGUGCGCCCGCCCAGCAAAAUAGUUGGCGUGGACUUAGACCCGAUAAAGCCCAUCCACGGCGUGCACACGAUAAUUGGCGAUAUAACAGAGAAGGGCUGUGUCUCUGAGAUUCUGGCGUCCGUUGGAGAGACUGAAGUGGACCUUGUCCUGCACGACGGAGCGCCAAAUGUGGGGGCGUCCUGGGAGAAAGACGCGUUUGUGCAGAACGAGCUUGUGUGCCACGCGGCAAAGCUGGCCUGCAGGAUCCUCAAGAAAAACGGGGCCUUUGUCACAAAAGUCUUCAGAUCCAGAGACUUCAGCUCUCUGAUGUGGAUGCUGAACCAGCUCUUUGCAGAGUGUCUUGCGACGAAGCCCAGAAGCAGCAGAGCAGAAAGCGCUGAAAUGUUCCUCGUCUGUCGCGGGUACAAAAAGCCCGAGCAGCUCGACGAGAAGUUCUUCGACCCGCAGUUCCUCUUUGCGGACUUGGAGGCGCAGUGCGAAAAGGGCGAGUGGACGCUUUCGAACCUGCUCGCAGAGAGAAUUGACUUGGCGAAGUGCACGAAAGUGCGCGUGGACUGCAUGCACGAAAUGGUCGACGAAGAGACAAAGGCGCUUCUGGACGACCUGCAGGUGGUUGACGACACGGACAUGCGGAGGCUUGUCCGGACUCUGAAGAAGAUACAGAGGGCGUACGUGGGCAGCAAGGGCGGAAACUCGCCGGAGGAAGUUGUCGACCUGCGAACCCCCGCGGAGAGGGAGGAGGCAGAAAUCGCCGAGGCAAAGCGAGUCAUGCAGAGAAGGGAGAAAGUCACCCGCAGGAAAAUUCUCGCGAAGAGGGCAAAGCAGCUUGGGCUUUCGGAGGAAGACAUACAGACGGUGGAAAACGUGCACGGAGACUUCUUUGAGGACAACCUGUUCGACGAAACAGAGACGGAGGCGGAGUCCGAAGACGAGGGCGCCUGCGAGAGCGAGCAGGAGACGGAGAGCGAGGACGAGGAAAUAGACGACGGAAACUCCGAGGAAAUGGACGAUGAGGAGGCCGACUCGUGCUCGUCCUCCCUCGCUAUGGAGGACAAAGUGUGCGGGUACAGGCUGAAGGCGGACGAAGAGGAGUUUGAAAACGACGGAAUCGACCGGUACGUCUUUGACGAUGACGAAACCCUCCCGCACUUCUUCAGAAACGACGAGGAGAAGUACAACAGGAGGCACGUGUACAACGAAGACCGAGAAGACAUGGAGAAGAAAGUGACCGUCUCGAAGAAGGUGGAGGAGAUGCGCGCCAGGAGAAUGCGGAGAGUUGAGAGGAAGCUGAAGAAGAUCCGGGACAGGCUUGAGGCCGGAGAGGAGGAAAUGGACAUGCGCGCCGUGCGAAAGGGGGCAAUGAAGAAGGAGGUCCGGGAAAGGCCGAAGAUGAUCUUUGCAGGGCCCUCAAAGAGCGUCCCCAGGCUGAAGGGCAGGUUCAAGAUGACCGACAGAAGAAUGAAGAAGGACAAGGCCGGGCUUAGAAGGGCAGAGGAGAGAAAGAAGGGGAAAAAGGGAAAGAAGUAA